AUGAAGAUAAUUGUGGAUGAUCUUGGUGAUGACUACUUUGCUAUAUUAGCCGAUGAAUCUAGUGAUGUGUCCCAAAAGGAACAACUGGCUCUUUGUUUGCGCUAUGUUGAAAAGAAAAGGGGAAAGGUAGUUGAACGAUUCAUUGGUCUUGUGCAUGUUGGUGAUACUACAUCUUUGUCUCUUAGAAGUGCAAUUAUGACUUUACUUGUUGAACAUUCAUUAAGCUCAUCCAAGAUUCGAGGGCAAGGAUAUGAUGGGGCUAGUAACAUGAAGGGUGAGAUACAUGGACUCAAGACUUUGAUCAUGAAAGAUACUCCAAGCGCUUACUACGUACAUUGCUUUGCCCACCAGCUUCAACUAACAUUGGUAGCCAUUUCAAAAAAGAACGAUGAUUGUAGUUGGCUUUUUGAAACUGUUAGUAUUUUGUUGAAUGUAAUUGGAGUUUCUUGUAAGAGAAAUGAAUUGCUUCACGAAGUUCAAGCACAAAAAGUUGCUCAAGCCUUGGAAAUUGGUGAACUUGAAUCGGGAUCGGGGUUGAAUCAAGAACUUAGUUUGAAGAGGCCUGGAGACACUCGUUAG